AUGAGAAUAAAGUGCAAUCAUUUUUCUUUAGAUACAAGUCAUGUAGAAAAGAAUAUAGACUCUUUAAAAACAUCUUUUUUGUUAAGAAGAGGAGAGAACACAACUUGCUACACUAGUCAAUUAAUUUCUGAAAAAUAUUCAUUAUUUCGAGGAAAGAACAGUAUAAGAUACAUCAUGUCUGCUCUCAAAAUAAAGGAAAUCAAGCCGUAA